CUGAGUGCGAUUGUCGUGAGCUGACCCGGGACCGGCGCCGCCGGGGACUCGCUCCGCUCCGCGCGGCCGCCUCCGCCUAUUGUCUCGGGGCCCAGGCCAGCGCGGCGGGACGCGAUUCCCUUCCUCUUCCUCCGGGAGCAGAAGGAGCGCGAACGCCGAGCGGAGGCCCCGCGCCGGGUCGGGGCUGGCGGAGGCGGAGGCGGAGGCGGAGGGACGCGCGCGCCCCGAGGACAGCGGCUCAGCUCCGGGCGGACGCGGCUUCUGCCAUGGCGAGGAGAUCCGGCCCCGACCCCGCGCACGCCGGCGCCGCCCGCCCUCUCGGGGCCACCGCGUAGGCACCUGAGCCGAGUUCCCGACGCCGCAGCGGAGGGAGUGUUAAGGUAUCAUGUAUGCCACUGGUUCCAGGGGACAGUCCCCUGCUUUUGUACAACCUCAGAAUGGAAGCAGUCACCGCUCACCUGGUUAUGUUCCAGGGAAGGUUGUCCCCCUGCGCCCCCCUCCUCCUCCAAAGAGUCAAGCAUCAGCUAAAUCCACCUCCAUCAGACAAGAAGCCCAGACAACCUUUGCGUUCUCGCCUGAAGAACAGCAAAUCCAGAGAGACAGCAGGAAGCAGAAGAGACACAAGAAUACGUUCAUCUGCUUUGCGAUAGCCAGUUUCUCGUUUUUUGUUACCCUUGCAGUCAUUUUAGGAAUAGCCUCAAAGUAUGCUCCAGAUGAGAAUUGCCCGGAUCAAAACCCCCGUCUCAGGAACUGGGAUCCAGGGCAAGAUUCUUCAAAACAAGUUGUGAUCAAGGAGGGUGAUUUGUUUCGUCUGACCUCCGACGCCACCGUGAAUUCUAUAGUCAUUAAGGAUGGAGGACUGCUUGUAUUUGGGGAUGAUAAAGAUGGAUCCAGAAAUAUUACUUUGAGGACUCGUUACAUCCUGAUCCAGGAUGGUGGGGCGCUUCAUAUUGGAGCAGAAAAAUGCCGCUAUAAAUCCAAAGCGACGAUUGCUUUGUAUGGCAAGUCAGAUGAAGGCGAGAGUAUGCCAACAUUUGGCAAAAAGUUUAUUGGUGUAGAAGCGGGUGGGACACUGGAGUUACAUGGGACCCGGAAGACAUCUUGGACGUUGUUGGCCAGGACGCUGAACUCUACAGGCUUACCCUUUGGGUCCUAUAGCUUUGAGAAGGACUUUUCCCGUGGCCUCAAUGUGAGGGUCAUUGACCAAGACACAGCCAAAAUUUUGGAAAGUGUCAAGUUUGAUACUCACGAGUACCAAAACGAGAGUCGGAAACUUCAGGAAUUUCUGAGAGUCCAGGACCCAGGACGAAUUGUUGCCAUAGCUGUCGGAGACUCAGCAGUCAAGAACCUCUUACAAGGAACUAUCCAGAUGAUCCGGGAUCGGUUGGGAAGCAAGCUGAUCCAAGGACUGGGCUACAGGCAACCUUGGGCUUUAGUUGGUGUCAUUGAUGGUGGAAGCGCUUCUUGCAAUGAGUCUGUGAGGUACUAUGAAAACCACAGCAGCGGGGGGAAGGCUCUUGCACGAGGAGAAUUUUACACCGUGGAUGGUCAGAAGUUCUCUGUGACAGCUUAUAGUGAAUGGGACAAAGGGGUUUCUCUCUCAGGUUUCCGGGUGGAGGCUGCUGAUGGAGUGAAGCUUCAUCUACUGGACGACGUUAGUGGUUGGCAACCUGGAGAGCGGAUUGUGGUUGCGAGCACAGACUAUUCUAUGUACCAAGCCGAGGAGUUCACCCUCCUCCCCUGUCCUGAGUGCAGCCACUUCCAGGUCAAGGUCAAAGAAACACCUCAGUUCCUGCACAUGGGAGAGAUCAUAGAUGGGGUAGACAUGAGAGCGGAAGUUGGAAUUCUCACCCGCAAUAUUGUGAUCCAAGGAGAAAUGGAGGACUCAUGCUACGCCAACAAUCAGUGCCAGUUUUUCGAUUAUGAUACCUUUGGGGGCCACGUUAUGAUAAUGAAAAAUUUUACUUCAGUCCAUCUUUCUUAUGUGGAGUUGAAACACAUGGGUCAGCAGCACCUGGGGCGGUACCCUGUGCAUUUCCACCUGUGUGGAGACGUGGACUCUCGAGGGGGCUACAGACACCCAACCGUUGUGGACGGCCUGUCCAUUCAUCACAGCUUCUCCAGGUGCAUCACGGUGCAUGGCACCGAUGGCUUGCUAAUAAAAGAAACAAUUGGAUUUGACACACUGGGUCAUUGUUUCUUUUUGGAAGAUGGUGUUGAACAGAGGAAUACAUUGUUCCACAACCUCGGGCUGCUCACCAAGCCAGGCACUCUUCUGCCCACCGACAGGAACAACUCCGUGUGUACCGCCAUACGAGACAAGGUGUUUGGAAGUUACGUCCCCGUGCCUGCCACUGACUGUAUGGCGGUUUCAACUUUCUGGAUUGCUCAUCCCAAUAACAAUCUGAUUAAUAAUGCAGCUGCGGGCUCUCAGGACGCUGGAAUAUGGUAUUUAUUCCACAAAGAGCCUACCGGGGAGUCCAGUGGAUUACAGCUCUUAGCAAAACCAGAACUUACUCCACUGGGAAUAUUUUAUAACAACAGGGUCCAUUCGAAUUUUAAGGCUGGCUUAUUUAUUGACAAAGGUGUCAAAACCACCAACUCCAGUGCUGCUGACCCGAGGGAAUACCUGUGCUUGGACAACAGUGCGAGAUUUCGGCCUCAUCAGGAUGCUGACCCUGAAAAGCCCCGUGUUGCUGCUGUAAUCGACAGGCUCAUUGCUUUUAAAAAUAAUGACCACGGGGCGUGGAUCAGAGGGGGAGACAUUAUUGUUCAGAACUCAGCAUUUGCAGAUAAUGGAAUAGGACUGACCUUUGCCAGCGACGGAAGCUUCCCCAGUGAUGAAGGGUCUAGCCAGGAAGUGUCUGAAUCCCUCUUUGUUGGGGAGAGCAGGAAUUAUGGCUUCCAUGGUGGGCAGAACAAGUAUAUGGGCGUUGGCGGAAUCGACCAGAAGCCUCGCACGUUACCUAGGAACAGGACAUUCCCAAUUAGAGGCUUUCAGAUUUAUGAUGGACCUAUUCAUCUCACCAGGAGUACUUUCAAAAAAUAUGUGCCAACUCCAGAUAGAUACAGCAGUGCGAUUGGCUUCCUUAUGAAGAACACCUGGCAGAUAACCCCCAGGAAUGACAUUUCCCUGGUGAAGUUUGGACCACAUGUCUCUCUGAAUGUCUUCUUUGGAAAGCCUGGUCCCUGGUUUGAAGAUUGUGAGCUGGACGGUGAUAAGAAUUCCAUAUUCCAUGACGUGGACGGCUCUGUGACAGGAUACAAGGAUGCUUAUGUGGGCCGAAUGGACAACUACCUGAUCCGCCAUCCGAGCUGUACCGAUGUCACCAAGUGGAACGCAGUGGUCUGCAGUGGCACUUACGCCCAGGUGUAUGUACAGACGUGGAGCACUCAGAAUCUUACCAUGACCAUCGUGCGAGAUGAGUACCCGUCCCACCCCAUGGUGCUCCGGGGCAUUAACCAGAGGGCCACCUUCCCGCAGUACCAGCCCGUGAUCAUGCUGGAGAAAGGCUACACCAUCCACUGGAAUGGGCUGGCGCCCCGGACCAUCUUCCUGUACCUCGUGAACUUCAACAAGAAUGACUGGAUUCGAGUUGGCCUCUGCUACCCAUCCAACACAACCUUCCAGGUUACCUUUGGCUUUCUGCAGCGGCAGAAUGGCUCAUUGUCCAGAACUGAGGAGUAUGAGCCGGUGCUCUCUCUGGAGGAGCUGCAGAGAAAGCAGGCCGAGAGGAAAUUCUAUUUUGACUCCAGCACGGGGUUAUUGUUUCUGUAUCUCCGAGCCAAAAGCCACAGGGAUGGCCACAGUUACUGCUCAUCUCAGGGAUGCGAAAGAGUCAAGAUCCAGGCGGCAACAGACUCAAAGGACGUCAGUAACUGCAUGGCCAAGGCCUAUCCGCGGUACUCCAGGAAGCCGUCGGCGGCCAGGCGCAUGCCGUCCAUGCUCACAGGACUCUGCCGGGGCUGCGGCACCCACCAGGUGGUCUUUACCAGUGACCCUCACAAGAGCUACCUCCCUGUGCAGUUCCAGUCGCCCAGUAAAGGAGGAACCCACCAUGGAGAGCUGUCUCUUGUUUCUGUGAGUACUCUGUCAAUAGUUCUGUUGAGUACAAGAGAUGAAAUAAAGCAGUUGAAUAUUUCAGAUGCAUUAAUACCUCUGGGAUUAGCCAAACCAGCUCAUCUUUAUAACAAAGGAAGCAUCAUAUUUUUGGGAUUCAGCGGAAACUUUAAACCAUCAUGGACUAAGCUGUUUACCAGUCCUGCUGGCCAGGGCCUUGGGGUGUUUGAACAGUUCAUACCUUUGCAGCUGGAUGACUAUGGAUGUCCCCGAGCCGGCAGUGUCCGCAGAAGAGACCUGGAACUGUUAAAGCAAGCUUCUAAAGUGCUUUAGAGACUGAUCGUAACUUAAGUGCUGGGAAACAAAAUGUGAACUAACUUAUUUAAUUUAUGGCAUUUGAAAAUGACACUGUUAACCCAAUAAGAACCAUUUUUCUGUCUGACACAAAAAAAGAAGAAAGAGUUCAGAGAUUGAAUGCCAGCUGACGCACCUUCUAGUCGCACAAACGGUAGGGACUCUGUAAGGCUGGUGUCUUCAGCAAGCGCCUCUGUUCCUCACCGGUGCCUCAGGAUUUGGUGAUGACCAUCAGCAGUGUUUGACUUUUGGUACAAUGGGAUGUGCUAGGGUGGUGGGGGCUUCUGCGCUUCCGCUUGAGCUCUUUCGAGCACCAGCGCCUUGUAUACUUGAAGUCUGACCCUCAGCUGUGUCGUGUGGCCGUUGACAGGGGUGGAUGGUUUGUUCAGCAGUCCCUGGGGCCCUGUGUCUGGGCUCCCUUUGCAGAUUUUCUGUGAUGCUGAACGACAGUUUUAAGUGGCAUCUCAGGCCUAGCUCAUGCCCAUUUUUGCCUGGACAUGUGCUAUUUUUAUUCAUUUGUAUAUUGAUUAAUUCUAAGGGUGCAACUUUCAAACAGGAAUUACAUUGGGGCAAAAGGGCUGUUAGGGAUUAGCAAUCCCUUUAAUUUGUGACUAUUGGGCAAAAAUUUGGCCUGCAUCAAGUCUGAGAUUGUUGAGACAGUUUUGCAGCUUUAAUCCUUAGCCUGUCUUGACUGUAUAUUUGUGUUAAAAAUGCAGAGUUGAGCUGAUAUUUCCUUUUUUUUUUAAGAAGCAGGCUGUUUUCCUGAACUUUAAACUUGUGUCAUUUUUAACUUGCACAAAGGAAGUCUGUUCUUGAUGUUGCUCUUGCACCUGGGUUUGUGUGUGUGUGUGUGUGUGUGUGUGUGUGUGUGUGUGUUAGUGUAUCUCGGGGGAUGUGUUUAAAAAGAUUGUCUGCUCACAAUCCUGCCACAAGAAACCCUGGUAAGCUUAAUGAUAACCCAAAAUGACUGUACUCAGGAUGGAAAGGAGGAGGAGCCUCUUAAGGACCAGAAGUGUGGAGGGAAUAUUGAGCAAUGAAUCCUUUGUAGCUGUAGAAGAGUGAGUCACUCGUAAUUAAAUUAUUAGAGACAAUUAAGAACUUAACGCCACUCAGUUUCCCUUCCACUGGAGUCUUGUGUCUCUUGCCAGGGAGGAUUGCAUUUGCCAAUGAAAUUGGGUUCCACAGCCUGGGAUGCUGCCCCUCCAGAGGAGAGAUGCAUCCGAUGUCUUUGGCCUCUUAGCAGCCCACAAGGCACAGAUCUGGUCGGGGAAGGCCACGUGUGCUUGGGCUGCUGAGAGCGACCGGGAGACAAACAGAUCUCCUUUCCUUUCCCAUGGGCCACGCUCAUGGCUUGUACCUUCGUGUCCAAGAGAAACUAUAGAGCAACUCUGCAGCUUCUGUUACUUUACAAAAUGUGCUACCUCAAAGUGCUGCCCGUAGAAACCAUUCUGCCUGGAAGUGCUCACCAGAGGGCACGCGUCUUAGUCGAAGCUUGGUGAGGUUUUUGGGGUGUGGGAAUUUUUGUUUUUGUUUUUUUGUACAGUAAUAAAUGAGAUCUUACCUAUUAAAUAUAAUAUUGGAUCACAGUUCCUAAAGGUGAUUAAAGUGGUGUGUUUUAUGACUUAAA